AUGGCCAAAGCCAACUCGGCCCGGGGUCGCAGCCCGCUGCCCCCAGCGGAGAAACAAGUGGCUUCCUCGCCUACCCUCGCCGUUCCGGAAACUGGCAAAGCCCGCUCAAAGUCGAGGUCCAAGUCGCGUUCCAAGACCAAGGCGAAGAGCAAGGCCAAGGAAACAUCGUACAGGUCAGAUGGCGUUGAGGACCAUGAUGUGUUCCUCCUGCCCUUGUCCGACUACUGGGUGGUACUCGCCUUGACCCUCGUCGCCCUCGCUGUCCGUGUCUACAAGAUCUACCAGCCUUCGAGCGUCGUCUUUGACGAAGUCCACUUUGGUGGCUUUGCGACAAAGUACAUCAAGGGCAAGUUCUUCAUGGAUGUCCACCCCCCUCUCGCCAAGAUGCUCAUCGCCCUGACCGGUUGGCUGGCUGGUUUUGAUGGUAGCUUUGACUUCAAGGAGAUUGGAAAGGACUACAUUGAGCCUAACGUGCCGUACGUGGCUAUGCGCAUGUUCCCAGCCAUCUGCGGUGUCGCUCUCGCGCCUUGCAUGUACCUGACCCUCAAGACCCUGGGAUGCCGCUCGAUGACCGCCCUUCUGGGUACCGGCCUGAUCAUCUUUGAGAACGGACUGCUCACGCAAGCGCGCCUGAUUCUCCUCGACUCGCCCCUCGUUGCCGCGACCGCCUACACCGCCCUGUCCUUCAACGCCUUUACCAACCAACACGAGCAAGGCCCUUCCAAGGCCUUUGGUAUCAGCUGGUGGUUCUGGCUUCUCAACACUGGCCUUGGCCUGGGCAUCACCGUCAGCAUCAAAUGGGUCGGCCUCUUCACGAUUGCCUGGGUUGGUGUCUUGACCAUGGUGCAGCUCUGGGUUCUGCUCGGCGACAGCAAGAACGUUCCCAUUCGCCUUUGGUGCAAGCACUUCAUGGCCCGUGUCUUUGCGCUGAUUGUCGUCCCCGUGACUUUCUACCUUGCCAUGUUCGCCAUCCACUUCACCGCUCUGGUCAACCCCGGUGAGGGCGACGGCUUCAUGAGCUCCGAGUUCCAGGCCACCCUCAACACCAAGAGGAUGAAGGACGUACCUGCUGACGUCGUCAUGGGCAGCAAGGUCAGCAUCCGCCACGUCAAUACUCAGGGUGGCUACUUGCACUCUCACCCUUUGAUGUACCCCACAGGUAGCAAGCAGCAGCAGAUCACUCUGUACCCCCACAAGGACGAGAACAAUCUCUGGCUGCUUGAGAACCAGACGCAGCCUCUCGGAAUGGACGGCGAGCCCAUCAAUGGCACCAACGCUUGGGACCUUUUGCCGGAACCCGAAUAUAUCAAGAACGGCGCUGUUUUGCGUCUGUACCACACCAACACCCACCGUCGCCUCCACUCUCACGACGUGCGUCCCCCCGUCAGUGAGGCCGAGUGGCAAAACGAAGUGUCCGCGUACGGUUACGAAGGGUUCGAUGGUGAUGCGAACGACUACUUCCGUGUCGAAAUUGUCGGAAAGCAGACCAAAGGUGCUGUUGCCAAGGAACGCCUCCGCACCAUCGAAACCAAAUUUAGGCUCGUCCACGUCAUGACCGGCUGCGUCCUGUUCUCUCACAAGGUCAAGCUCCCUUCCUGGGCUUCGGAGCAGCAGGAGGUCACUUGCGCUCGCGGUGGAUCCUUGCCCAACAGUCUGUGGUACAUUGAGAGCAACCAGAGUCCUCACCUCGGCCCCGACGCGGAAAAGGCAAACUACCGCAAGCCCGGUUUUUUUGGUAAGUUCGCUGAGUUGCACGCCGUCAUGUGGAGGACCAACGCUGGUCUGACCGACUCUCACACAUGGGACUCCCGCCCUGAAUCCUGGCCUAUUCUCCGUCGCGGUAUCAACUUCUGGGGCCGCAGCCACACUCAGGUCUACCUCAUCGGCAACCCCAUUGUCUGGUGGUCGUCGACGAUUGCCAUUGUCACCUGGGUCGUGUUCAAAGCCAUUGCUGUUCUCCGCUGGCAGCGCAGCUACGGCGACUACAACAACACCACCUUCAAGCGCUUCGAUUACGAGGUUGGCAUGUCUGUGCUUGGCUGGGCCCUGCACUACUUCCCAUUCUUCCUGAUGAAGCGCCAACUCUUUCUGCACCACUACUUCCCGGCACUGUACUUUGGUGUCAUUGCUCUAUGCCAGGUCUUUGACUAUGCCACCGCCAGGAUCCCCAGCGCGGGCCGCAAGGAUAGCAGCAUCAUCAACAAGGUCACUGCCAUUCUUUUCCUCAUCGUGACUGCCGGUGUCUUCAUGCUCUUCGCUCCUCUGGCAUAUGGUAGCCCGUGGACCAAAGCCGAGUGCAACCGCGUCAAGCUGUUCCCCACAUGGGACUUUGACUGCAAGACUUUCCACGAUUCAUACGACAAGUACACCAUGCUCACUGUCCAAGCCGGCACUGCCGCCACGCCUUCCCCCGAGGCUGUCAAGGCUGACGCUGCCGCGUCUAAGGUGGAGGAGAAGGCUGCCGAGGCCGUUUCUGCCAAGCCCGAGGAUGAAGGCGAAAACGAGCCCCGUGUCGUCGCCAAGGAGGAAACUAUCGAAUUCCGCGACCAGGAUGGCAACUUGCUGAACGAGGAGCAAGUGAAGAGCCUUGAGGGCAAGGUCGAGUUCAAGACCAAGUACGAGACCAAGACUCGCGUGGUGGAUGAGGACGGCAACGAAGUGUCCGUGGGCGAGGCCGCGGCCGGCGUCGCCCCUCCCCACCCGGACGUCGAAGGCUCCGACCCUGAGACUGUCAAGAACGAGGCCGCCGCGCCGGAAGAGGAGGUUCCCGUCCCGCCUCAGCCCCAUGAUGCGGCCGCAAGCAAGGAUGGCGAGAUGGAGGAGGCGCAAAAGCAGCCAAAGCCCGCUAGCGAGGGCAAGGAGGCCACUGUGCACGAGGAGCUGUAA